UAUUUAAAUGCUGAAAGGACCGUGUAGUGGGCUGGCGCUCUCCACAUUCGGUAGAGAAUCGAGACUUCGUUCUGACGUUGGAAGUCCGUAAAGACGAUCCAACCACAGUCUAUGCGGAAACGCAGGUUUCUAGUCCUCUCCAUCAAUUCGAUUCGCACACUGGCAGGAGUCCGAAUAGGGCAUUGUCUGACGAGGUCAAGUUGGGGAUCGGGGAGUCCUCUACCGGUCAGAAUUGCCCGAUUGAGCUCCGGAUGGGUCCGCCGAGAACCGGCCCCAUACGGAGAUGCUCGUCGUCACAGAAUCUCUUCCCCUCCAGCUGAUCACCUGGGGAAAUAUCUUGACUUAUGAGUUGAUAUUCGGCGACGAACGUAGAAAUCGGAC